UCUGACAAAAAUUACAAAACCUCACUAUUUGCUCAUCCUCUACCCUAUUGCUUGCAGUAAACAGCGUCAUAUAUCCAACAGUCCUACAGCGUAAACUAUUUGGUGCUUCCCUCUCUCUGGAGUAGUGGGCCCAUUAUGUGAGCACAAAAUUGGUGGUUUUGAAAUAGCAAUGACAACACUUCAAUGCAGGUCAAUCCAUGCUGCAACAAGUACCAGCUUCAACCGUAGCUCAAGAUGCUGAUGAUACUGUUGCUGACGUUUAUUACCCACCAUCUGUGCAAUCACCCGAGGAAGGCAGGGCCUCAGCUGAAAUGGGUUCUCCCGUUGGAGUUGUAGUGGAUGCCUCAUAUUAUGUAAAGUUUUCUGAAGCUGGUGUUCAAGCCACCACUUCGACAGCUGAAGCUUCAGUAAAUACCACUUCAUUGCUAAAGGAUGCUGAAACUCAAACUGACAUCACAGGCAGUGUUCUGAAGAGUUUUGAAGCUGAUAACCAGGUCCUACGCACCGAGUUACAGGAGGGGAAGGGCUCUCUGGACACACUUCGGCUGUCGAAAGCUUCUUUGGAGCAUGACAACACCCGUGUGCAAUUUUACACGGGCCUACCAAGCUUCACAGUUCUGAUUUCACUGUUCAGACUUGUCGAAAGUAGUGUGCCACACAGCCCAAACAAUGCUCUUGCGAAAUUCCAAGAAUUUGUACUCACACUAAUGAGGCUGCGAUUGGGACCUGGCGUCCAUUGA